GCAGCCAAUCGACGUUGACUUGAAAGGCCGCUGUAGCACAGCCGUUGCACUCGUGACUGCGUUGUUGGUUCUUUUCUUUUGACUUAGAGUUUUCCCGAGGACACGUCACUGGUGUGCGAGAUGAUUUCUUUUCUCGUUAGCAAGUGCGGUGCGGAGGCGUCGGAGCUGCCGCAGCUGGUAACGCUUCAUCGCCUUUUGCAGGAGGACGAAAGGGAAGGCGCGGCGGGGGCAUCCACUGCAGCGAAACCUGUUGUGCAGGACUACGCUGACAAGAGCACCCCCCACGUCGUGCGGAGCUCACUGGCGCAUGCAGACAACUCGAUGCUCGGCUUUUUACUCGACAGAUGUGCUACGGUCGAGGAGCAGUCGCAGUGCCCGCGACUGCAGCAGAUGCGCGGUUGGCUGCUGCAGGAGGAGGAGAGUGCGAAGCGUGAGAACGCGGACGCGGUGCACGAACCAAAUGUGCCGGCCGCCGCCACCAGGACUGGAUGGGACGGCACGGGUUCCGCGAAGCAGCGGGAGGGCACCGGCAUCACCCCCACCCCCACUCACGAACGUAUCUUUCAUCGACACCACGAGAACACGACAACGGAUAGAACACCGCCGUUGAGUCCCGCCGCAGUCACAGCCGCCGAAGGCGCUCCUCCGGCUCCUGCGAUGGCAGUCAUUCCCGUACCGAUUCUGCCCGGUGUAGGAGAUUGGAAAGGCACCAUCACGGUCCUCGCACCCCCUCCCUCACCGCAGACGUCGCAGCCCGCACGUCAGCCUUCGAAGGAGGGAGAGGCAGCAUCUGUUUCCGUCACCGAACCUGCCGAGGGCGCAAGGAAAGGUAGCGAUACGGCUGUUACGGAGACACCUGUGCCCUUUUCCAAGAACGAGAUUCUUGCCGCAGGUAAGAAGACGCCGAAGCACGACAAGGAACAGCGCAGCGGGCCCGCUGAUGCCCCUCCUUCUGGAGGUGCAGCGUCUUCUUCGACGUCGCCGCCACCACACCCCACCUUAUCCGCGUACGCCGGCCGCAUGCCCCGCCCUGCGAGCGAGGCCCUGGCGGUCCGCAACAGCGCCACGGUGCGGCUCCUCUCCGGUCGCGGCGUGCGGAUGUCUCCCUCCAACCUUUCCUCUCCCAUCCCACCGGCGUCACGUCCGAUGUCCGGCUUUGCGCGGCGCUUCAUGGCGGACCUGUAUGAGCGCGUCAGCACCCCAAAGACGGGGGUGACCGCGCCCCUCUCGCCGGGAUCUGCAACGGGCCACGCGACGGGCAGCGGUGUGCGAGCGGCACGAGAGCACAAUCCAGCGCACGGGCAGCUGCAGCAGCAACGGCAGCAGCAACGGCAGCAGACGCCGUCCACCUCGCUCGCGGCCACCAGAGCAGAGGCGUGGCACGCGGGGGCAGCGGCGGGCGUACGCGGUGCCACUGCCUCCCGCACCGGGACUGUGGUGGCUCCACCGUCGCGCUUUACUCCGGUGCGUCCGGCGGGUCGACGCGCCUCGGACUCCGAGCCGCGACCACGUCGGAACUCUCUCCAUCGCCCUGCAGGGGUCGUGGGCUGCCCUCCGUCUGUUGUGCUCCCUGGUGUGGGCGCUGCGGCCCGACCGGUGCGGCCGCCCAGCUCGGCGGCUUAUGGCCAGCACGUCGGCACCACUUCUGGCUGUGCGGAUCCGGUUGGGCUGAUGGUGGUGGGCGCGCACAUUCACCUGCCCUCUGCGCCGCUAUCCCGUUCACGAUAUUUGUGA